AUGAGCGCGGUCGGCGAAGAAGGGACGGCGGCUGCAGCCGCGGCCGCCGCCGCCGCCGUCUCAGCGGCCUCGGAGGGGGAAGCGCCGCUGUGCCCUCGCUGGCUGGAGCUGCUGAGGACGUACCUGGAGCUCAUGCUGUGCGUGCUGAGCAGCGUUCGCAACAACAGGAAUCUCCAGAAAUUAAGUCUGUUUGGUGAUAUAAGCAUUCUACAACAACAUGGAAGUAUAUCGAAUACAUACCUCAGCAAAGUGGAUCCAGAUGGCAAAAAGAUUAAGCAAAUACAGCAGUUGUUUGAAGAAAUACUGGGUAAUAGCAGGCAACUGAAAUGGCUGUCAUGUGGGUUUAUGUUGCAAAUCGUAACACCCACAUCAUUGUCAUCUCUUUCAAACCCUAUUGCCAACACCAUGGAGCACCUGAGUUUACUGGACAACCACAUCCCUGGUAAUACCACUCUUAUCACUGCAGUUGAAUUGGAGCGCUUUGUCAAUCUUCGCUCACUCGCCUUGGAUUUCUGUGAUUUUACGGCAGAAAUGGCAAGAGUCUUAGCUGAUAGUAACCAUGUGCCUUUGCAUCGACUGUCGCUUCUGGUCCACAAUAUUUCGGUAAUGCACAAGUCCUUGGAAAACAUGCCAGAAGAUGAGGAUUGGAAGGCACUGACGCGCAACAGCACUAAUCUUCGGGUGUAUAUAAUGGCUUUUGAUAUCAAGAGUGAUGAUAUGUUAAGGAUUCUUAAGCCCAGUAUCCCAUUGGAGAGGAUUCACUUUGACAGCUACAUCACUUGUGUUUCAGGAGCCGUUGUUGAUCUCAUAUCUAGGCAGUAUGAUAAGUUUCUCACUCACUUCAUAUUGAUGAAUGAUGUGAUAGAUAUGUCUGGCUUCCCAGAUCUCAGUGACAACCGGACCGAAGAUCCCCUGGUUUUACUGGCCUGGAGGUGCACAAGGCUCUCUCUUCUGGCAAUACAUGGUUAUACUGUUUGGGCUCACAACCUGAUUGCAAUUGCUCGUCUUCGUGGCUCUGAUUUGAAAGUGCUUGAAGUCACAGAAGAAAGCAUUGAUUUUGACCAAGGUGAACUCGCUGAUCAGGAUGUGGAUCCAGUACACAAUCUCAUUGAGCAGGUAUCCCUUGGAUUGGGUCGACCUUGGCAUGCAGUCAUGGACAUAGAAUUACUCAGUGUCUUUACUGAGCCAACUCGUCAUUUUUACAGAGAAAUGCAAAGCUUCAGUGAAGGCAUUUAGCUCUCUUUAUUUACAGUUCCUGUGGUUACAUAUGCAAGUAGGGUCCUAUUAUGUUUUUCAGUAGUGUGAAUUAACCCCUCUUGUGCUGUGUUUAAUCAGUAUUAGCUAUAUAGAAUUAUAUAUGUAUAUUCUACUUCUUGAUCAAAGAACGUAGUCGGGUAUUGGUUUAGAAGCUGAAAGUGGCAAUGUUUAGGGCUUUCACGGUUAAUGGACUUGUCUACAAAAACAAACAAAACUCAGAUGUGGCCGAAGGUUGUCUGAGGUUGCCGGCUAACUUUCUUCUUUUGUUUUGAGUAACUCUGCAACUUCACUGAUUUUACUAUUGUCGGAGUUUUUGUGCUCAGGAGCCAAAAAUCUUUUUCUUAUCCAUAGCCCAGUGGUUUUGAAUGUAGUCAUUGUCAUGUAAACUGGUAGCAUGCUACUUAAGCUUCCUUAAGAAAUCAGGACUAUCAAUACCAUUUACUGUAUAUCUUUGCUUUGAUUUCAUGUACAAUAUCUGAAGCAUGAAAUACUGCCACUUUGCAAUCUCCUCUUUGAAUAUGAAUCAGUAGUCUCUUGCACUGUGUAGCUCCUUCAGAUGUUUACCUGACUCUGAAAGCUAUAAGUUGUAGCUUCAUUGUAGAUGUAUUAUAGAUUCUUUUUCUUGUGGUCUGUCAGCUUCUCUGUACAAGUUAGCUUUGGGCCCAGAUUUAAAAAAAAGUUAAGUCUAUACACUCCGAUGGGGUAAAACCGUAACAAUUUAGAUAUAAAUUUAUAAGUCAACUUUGCUUGCAAACAAACAUUAGUCGUGAAAUCCCUAGCAACUAAGUCACUGGAUUUUCUCUGUCAGCGCCUGUGUCAGCUGCCAAAGAAUAGAUUAAAAUAAAGAAGUGCCCACAUGCUGGCAGGGGCCGGCCAAUUUUUGGUCAGCCAGAUACUGCUAGAUUGUAAUAUAUAAGGUCGAAUUUCGACCUGUGGUACACAGCUGUGCUGUGGCUCAGUCAGCAACCUCAGAACUCUUAAACAUGCACCUGUUUCACUGUGAAUAGUGAAUGUAAAGGAAGGAAAAGCAAAACAGAUACAAACCUUGUCCUAUCACAGGUAUGAGCUGCUAUGAUGCAUGAAGAACAUUCCAUGAAGUAUGUUUUAAAAUCUUGUUAUAUCUGAGAGGCUUUAAAAGCCGAUUUAAACUGUUUCAGGGCAACCGCGGUACAGACGUGGUCUCUGUGAGACUUCCACCUGACCAAGUUUUAAGUGGUACGAAUGUUGUGCAUUUAAUGUUAAAGGACAGUCUGCAAUAAUAAAGUAAGUGGCCAACGUGGGUGCCCAGCAGUGCUGAGACCUGGCUGCCAUAUUGUAAGCUUUGGAAAACACAAUUUAUGCAACAGAUGUCCAGAUAUGAUUCUAUUUAUGGAAAAGUUUAUAUGUGUUUUACAAAUGGUUUUACCAUCUUAUAUUAAAAUGACCUUUUGACAGGUGUGCGCUGUUUUGUCUCCAGUGAGCACAUACCAUGCGGAUUUUAUAUGUACAUCAGUAGAGUGAAUCCACUGGCACAGUGUGUGUAAAUGCCAGAUGUGGUGAGAUUUUAUCUUAUGUGAUCAGACUAAAGUAUACUCCUGACAGAAAAUGUAAGGAAACCAGCUGAGUGUUUGACUUGAUGACUGAUGUUGUAUGGUUUAUGUUAAAUGUAUAUUCUUUUAAUCAAUGAAUAAAGCAUUAAAAUUGA